AGGUAUCAUCUUAGAAAGAGCCAAUACGCACUUCUUUAGACUUCUUGCGUGAAAAUCACACUUUGCUACUUUAACGGGAAAUUUUAACGUCAACCCAUUGGCCAAUUGGCAUAAAUUUGGAUUGCCAUUAUUUUGCCUUGGUUUGAGAAAUUAAAGCUAGAUGACUGUUAGCAGUGUAAAUGGUACUUGGAACGCUUGGCAGGAAGAAUGCUUGAGGUUCUUAAACUGCUCUAACAAAUGAUUCCUGAUUUAGGAAAAGUUGGCCAUCCAUAUGUAACUAAUAUGAUGAUCUUUUGCCAAUGUAAGGUGCUAUAUAAGCGUCAUCUAUUCCGCUUUGAGGAGAUAGAAUUCCAUCUUUUUGCUACUUGAGCUUUAAUUGCCGCAACUCCUGCUAUCACUCAACCUCCGAAUGGCUCUAGAAAAUGUCAAGUUGGGUCUAGCCAUGGUUCUUGUGACCAUGAUUUGUGAUAAAGCCACAGCCCAGUCUGGUUGCACCAGCGUGCUCUUGGGUUUAGCCCCUUGUUUAAACUACAUUAGUGGAAAUUCGAUGACCCCAACAUCAUCUUGCUGCUCUCAGCUUUCUAGCGUAGUUCAAUCACAGCCACAGUGUCUUUGCUCAGCGCUCAAUGGGGGAGGCUCAUCAUUGGGUAUUACCAUCAAUCAGACUCGAGCUCUGUCACUCCCCGGAGCUUGCAAUGUACAGACACCACCAGUUAGCAGGUGUAACGCUGCCAAUAGUCCAGCAGCUCCCCCAUUGAGCUCUGGGUUAAGUCCUCCACCUGAUAGUUCAGAUGAGACACCUGAUACUCCAGCCACAUCAUCAAUGCCAAGCAUUCCUUCAGGAACUGGGUCUAAAACAGUCCCUACAACAGAAGUCCGCACUUCUAAUGCAAGUAUCCUGAAAAUGCCGCUUGCUCUCACUCUCUUCACCACGUUCAUUGCUUCAUCCAUUUCGCUUAUCACCUUUGGUUGAGCAUUCAUGAAUACUAGGAGCCUCUUUACCUACCACAUAUCAGGCAGUAGUUGUUCCCACUUAUUGCUGUUCAGGGUUGUAUUCCUGCUUUGUGAUGUAUGCUUAAUGAA